UUUCCGUUCGCCGUGAGGAAAAGAGGAGGUUAGUUUCGUAGACAACGCACUUUGAUACAUGAACUGUGAAGACCAGGUUGCGAGGAGCAUGACACAAGGCUCAUAGGUCGAAUAUGGCUAUGAGAGAAUUAAAAAUCUGCCUUCUUGGGGAUACGGGGGUUGGGAAGUCAAGUAUAGUUUGCCGAUUCGUCCAAGACACCUUCGAUGUCAAUACUCUGCCCACAAUUGGUGCAUCCUUCAUGACUAAGACUGUGAGCUGUGGAAAUGAGCUCCAUAAGUUUCUGAUUUGGGAUACAGCUGGACAAGAGCGGUUCCACUCGUUGGCUCCAAUGUAUUACCGUGGAUCGGCCGCAGCUGUUAUAGUUUACGACAUCACCAAUGAGGAAUCGUUCUACACUUUGAAGAAAUGGGUAAAAGAAUUGAAGGAGCACGGGCCUGAGAAUAUUGUGGUGGCGAUUGCUGGAAACAAGUGUGACCUCGCUGACAUGAGAGAGGUCACAGUGAAGGAUGCCUUGGAAUAUGUUAAGUUCAUAAACGCAAUUUUUGUUGAAACGAGUGCAAAGAAUGCCAUUAAUGUUGCUGAGCUGUUUGAAAGAAUCAGUCAGCAAAUUCCACCUCUGGAUCCCUCUCAGAUCAGCAGCAACGGAGCUUUUAAAGUUGGAAGGCACACGGUGCAGUCGAGUAAGCGUUGCUGCUGAAUUUUGCUGGAGAUCAAGGCCAAGCAGUAUUGAAUCAUCAUCCUCAUACCAAGCAGCCGAACAGGGAAAAAAAGAAAAACAAAACUUUUUUUUUGUGUUAUUGUUUGAAUUACUUAGCAGUCUCAAGGUUAUUUCUCAGUUGUUGGACUGCUGGCUCUUUCAUUCUAGCACACUGUUGUCCUGCUUUCAUUAAAUUACUGUAAGGAGUUCCACAGAGAGUAGAUGCACUAUGAAUACAAACAUUAAAAUGCCAGUUAUUAUUUUUGUUCACCUUCUUUCAUCCUUGGAUAUUUUUUGGCCUUUAUUCUUGUUUUCUGAGCACAGUGAUUCAAGUGUUUUUUAAACCUACUUUUUGAAUAUCCAGAAGCAAAUUAUGUUUUUCCUUGUUGUAAUACUAAUUUAUGUGCCUGGUUCAAAGGUCUAAAGGUAAAUAUCUGUAACUUAGCCUCUUUCAAAAGUGGAGCAUUCAUUAAUUUCUAACUGAUCGGAAAGAAAUGAACUAAUAACUAAAUACCUGUGGGACAUUGUACAAGGCAAAAACUGUCUGCAAACCCUUCAGUGUUCCUUUCAUGUGCCAUACUUAAAAUGUGUUAAGGUGCAUGGUUAUAUGAAAGUUAAAAUUUAUCCUAUAAUAAUCCUGGGGGAUUAAUGAUGAAAAAAACUCGUGAAUGGCAAUGGACAAUGAAGUCCAGAAAGAUCAGAAUAUAGAACAGUAACAUUUACUGCUACCUGAUUACAACUAGGGUGUGAGUGGACAUCAACAUCUUUGUAGCCAGCUGGAGAAAUCUGUCAGGAUUUUUACUUCUCACUAGUCAGUGAUUCCUGUGCAUGGAAUGUAGCAAAGCUAUGGCCCUUUCUGCUGGUGGUAGGGAUAAAUAGCUUGCCAUACUUACUGCAUAUAACCAUAAGUGCCAAGAAAUACUGGUUAAUCCCCACUAAGAAUCAGUGACUUCAGGAGAGAGGUAUAGAAGAGAGUGUGGGUGGGUGGGGGGAGGUGGAGUAUGAUAUUAAUGAAAACAGUCUCUCUAGGAAUGGGAGAAAUUACCAGGUCUUAAUUAACAAUACAAUUUAAAGAACUAGAGUAGUUUGGGUUUAAAGGAUGAAAGAAAUCAUGCUUUAUGUAAACAUGGCUCUGCAGUUGUUCCAUAUAUUAGUGUACUGAAUCAACUGCCUAAUGGCAAAGAGCAUUUAAGAUUAAAAUUUGCAUCCCAUUAAUUUACAUAAUCUGGUGCAAGCAAUACCUGUAUUUAUGUAAGCAUGUACGUAUAUAUGUAUGCUGCUUUUCCAACUCAUGCUUCAAGUCCAAGCAGUCUUUAUACUUGUACUUCCAUUUCUGUCACUAGCCAGUGUUGUGGACCAGUUGAGUUUGACUCUGAUCUUGUUCCAAUUUGUGUUGAAUUAUGAAUAAAUUAUGUCAUGUGGACAUGUAUUUGGAACUGGAUUGAAACUGCUCCAUACGCUCUGUAUUUUUGACCUUUAUCUUUCCAAAACAUAAAAGAACCAUUCAGUUCUUCAAACCUGUUCCUCCCAUUGACUGUGAACAGUUUGCUCUUCAAAGGUAAAUGGAUGAAAUUUUGGAUAGCUAUGUGAGUCUGCUUUCCCCAUCACUCUACCUUGAACCAUUACUUUCGUUAACAUAAUUUCAUUCUCCUACCAGUUUGUAAAUCAUUGUGUAUAAUAUAUGACCAGCAUUUACUGUAAGUUGCAAGCAACUCUCCUCCCUUUUCCAUCAGUUUUUGCUAAGCAGGUUGGUGCAAGUCAAAGAUUAAAAAAAUGCAACACCUUCUACAGGGCAUUUGGUCCCUGGGAGCAUUUGUGGAUCUCCUUCACCAAUUAUACUGGAGGUUUCUUAAUGAAUUGCACAAAGCCUGAACCAGGAAGUGUAAAUUAGAUUUUGUUCAUGUUUUAAUAUUAAAACAAAGAAGGGGAAAGAGUGAAUAAAGCGAUAGAAAGAAAUGAAACUGUCAAUAUAAUUCUGAUCUUUAACAAUUACAAAAAAUUGAAUGAAUAAGACUCCACUCUUGUAAAAAAAAUAAUUUUCAAUGCGAAAGAAAUUGUUUGGCAGUAAUAAUUACGCCAUUGUGGAAUAUUUGGACCAAAAAUCGGCAAUCCUUAGUUUUCUAUGGUGAACUUAAUCUGUGUCCAUGAUACAAUGAUCAGAACUUCAUGCUGUUCAUUUUUGAAUAAGAUACCCUAUGGCAAUUGCAAGUUUAGUGCAGAUUAUUAAGUAAUAAUGCACCUUAGCCAACAGUUUAGAUUUUUGCAUAUCUGUGUAGUGCUUCAAUUUGUACAUAAAUUGAAACAGCAUUAUGAACAUCAUGGUUGUUUUUACAGUAAAUUCUGGCCAAGUGUUUUUGAUACUCUCAUAUCUUCAAUACUUCCCCUAACUAUACCUCUACCCCUUUCUUUGAAGAGAUUAAUCAACACAACCAAUCAACAAUUGAUUUUGCUACAUGUUUACAUAUCCAUUGUGUUAUUUGCUGUGCAUUUCUUUCAGUGCAUCACAGAUUCAAAGCGAUUUACUAUCAAGGAGACCAUUCAGCCUAUCAUAACCAUGCCAAGCAAAACCAACCCAUUUCGGAUCAUCUCAGUUCUUAGCUCUCAGUCUGUAGCCUCAAACUGUAGUUACUCAUCCAAUUAUUUCAGUGUGAUGAGGAUUUCUGUCUUUACCAUCCUUUCAGAAAAUAGCACUAGACCCUUAUCACUCUCUGAAUGAAAACCAAAUCUCAUUUUCCCCGCUCAGCCUUCUACAGAUUAACACAUCUUUGAACCCCUGAUGUUGUGCUCUCAUCCUAAGUGACUGCAUUGCUACAUAUGAUUUUUCUACUUGCUGUCAUCGUAUAUGGAAUGGUUAAUUUACCCUGGCCUUGUGCAGCAUUUAAGGCUCUGCCAUAUUAUAUAUGACUUGUAUAUUUUUAAGUUCUGCUUCCAUUAUGUCAGGCAAGCUCAUGGAUGAGAGGUCAGUGAGUGACAUGCCCCUAGGUUUCAGGGAAAGCCUUCUAUUGUUGGCCAUUAGUAACUUAAGAAGUGUAGCACAAUGUUUUUCUUUACAUUAUUCUUAUUCCGGACUGCUCUGUGGUUAAGGAUUUGGCUUUAUAUGAGCUCUUUGUUGUGAAAGAUGGCCCAGAUUGGGAAUGUAGGAAGAGAUCUCCUUACUCUAUAACAUUGGCACAACAAAUAUGUUCCAAUCCCUCUGCACUGCCUGAACAUUAUUCUGCAGAAACCAGAAAGGCUUACAGAUGUGUGAAUAGUAGGUUACUGAAAUAAACCAAUUACUUUUAUAAUUAUUCAAACACCUUGAUUUGACUCAUUCAACAUUAAUACAAAUCAAAUUAUUUGGUAGUUAUAAACUUGAUGUUUGUGGAAGCUUGCCAUAUGUAAAUUGGUUGCCUCAUUUCCUAAAUUACAACAGUGAUCGCAAAGAUACUUCAAUGGCCAUGAAGUGCUUUGUGAUUUUCUGAGAAUCUUUGGUAGUUUAAUUAUUGAACCUCUGUUGCCAUUGAUUUCUUUAAUUGUCUUGGUUUAAUAACCACAUAGUCAUUUAUCAUGUAGACUUUGAGAAUGAUUACUGAAUUAUCACAUUUUAUGGUUGACUGGUGUAACAUUCUGCAUAAAAGCAUCACAACUAGAUUUUGGUUUUGAUGUAAUCAUAAUUAUAUAGAUACUGCAAAUGAAUCCACAUGUUGUUCACGUAACAUUGGAAAAUGUGGCUACCAUUGUAAAGGAAAAUCUAUGUUGCAGUGUUGUGACUCGAGGACAUAUUUUCACAAUAAUCUACAUCAAUAAGAGCAUAAUGUUUUUGAUGACUAGACAUCAUGGCAACAGUUUGGGUAUUUUGUCAUUCAAGUGUAUCUCAUUUUAGUGCCAAGUAUAUUUUAAUUUUUGUUUAGAUUGGGCUGGCCCCAUGUAGAACAUGCCAAUUGAAUGGGUACAAUGCCUGUGUUACUCUCUACUAAUGCUGUAUAGUAUGACUAUAGGUAUAGUGACGUGGCUGAAGAGAUACUGCCUUUAUCACAAGGUAAGCAGUUUCAAUGUACCUUUAAUAAACAUU